AUGCUUUGUUGCAUUCCAAACGCUCCAGCGACUAGACGGAUAAAAAUUGACCGGUAUUCCAUAGGUAAUCCAAUAAACUUUCGACACAUUGCACACAUGGGUAGCUCAGAAAUAUCAGAUAAUAAUGUAUGCAAUUCUUUUGGUCUCCUCGACCAACAAUCUCUACCAGUGCACUUAAAAUUGAUUGACUUACCUAAUCUGUCAAGUAACAACAACACUUCAGUAUCAUGUGGUCCUUUAACUCCGUCAAGUUUAUGUGUCAGUUCUACAGUUUCAUUUACUUUUACCACUCAAUCACCAAUGUCAACAGCUAUAGCAAAGUCAACUAAAAGGAACUCGCUUUUGGAUCCUAAUUCUGUGUUACAUGAGCCUUGUAAAACAACUCACGUUGUUAUGCGCCAUUCAACUCACUUGAGCAAUCUAAAGCCAGAAUCACCUCGUCUCGAUCUCAGUUUGCCGUUGCCUCCACCACCACCUCCCCCUCCUCCUGUUAAUCCUGCUAAUCUUCGUUCUAUGUUACAGUCGUCUUAA